AUGGAUGAAUAUCAAUUAGGGUUAAGCUUUGACCCUUUAAUCACACUUUAUAACCAUGGAAAUGAGAACUCCUUUCGACCUAUUGUUUUGGCUGUUGGGCCUUAUAACCAUGGAAAUGAGAACCUGAGGCGGAUGGAAGCGUGUAAGGCAGAGUUGAUUGAGAAAUCGCCUGAAUUGAAGAAAUUUGAACCUGAGGUGAGAGAGCUUCUUUCCCAAAUACGUUGCUUCUAUCCGGCUGAUGUUAGAGCGAGAGUUCAGAUAGACUUUGAGGAAAUGAUCUAUAGAGAUGUGUUUUUCGUUGUAUUUGUGGUUUAUCUUUAUGAAAAAGAAGUUUUGGGUCAUUUAGAUUCUACAAACUGGUUUGGGAUAACGAAUUUUGACUCCUCAAUGCUUAAAACCUGCGCGAGGAAUCUGUUGAUUGCGGACAAUCAGUUACCAUGGCCGCUAGUUGACAAAUUCAGUUCUUUAAUUUUCAGAGGGGAAAAAAACGGAAGGUUCAUGAUUAAUAUGUUUCUUGCUACUGUAAUGUGUGAAAACUUGUCUUUGAAGGUUUCUGAUGAUCUCUUUGAUGGAAAUCCCCUGCAUUUGCUUGAUUUAUUGAGGACGAGAUAUCUUGUGGAUUACAUAUAUCCUUGGGAUGAUGGCUUUGUUCUAUACUCUGCCAAAGAAUUGCUUAUGAGAAGAAUAAAAAUUGUUGAGGCUGUGCCAAAGAAAGGAAUUGGAUUUUUGGUUGGUGGUGUGUGUUUUUGCUGGAAAACUGCCACUCUUGCUCUUCCUCGCCUCAGUAUUUGUGAGCAUUUCAAACACACAUUUCUGAACAUGGCUGGUUAUGAACCCCUGGCAUUUGUAACAAUGGUGAAAUUGCCAAAUUUCUUUGCCUGUACCGAGGAUUGCUUCAGGACCCUGAGAGUGUAG